AUGGACCAGGGACGCAAGAAGAAAGUCCUCGUCUCUGGCCCAUACAACGUCUUCCUCAGCACCUGCCACCCCCUCCUCACCCUCCGCUCAGACGUCGAGGUGCACAUCACUCCCGGGGCGACAGCAGCGGACCUAGUCGCCAAGACGUCCGACGGGGCGCUCAAGUCGUGCGUCACUGGCAGCUGGCAGCCGGCAGCCGAUCCGGUUCCACGCGCUCGACGCGCCCAUGCUGGCCGACGUGUGGACGAAGUUUUCCCGGGAUGUUCGGGAAAACUUCGCGCAGAGCGUCUCCUGGCGCAACCUGCGCGCAGAGCCCAGGCGCCUCAUGGACACGGCCACGUCGUGGCGCGGAGAGGACUACGCGUGCGGGUCUGCCACGAGGCGAAGUGGGUCAUCGGCGCUGUCGAGCCCGAUGUCAUCGCCGUGGACGCUGUGGUGCGUCUUGACGUCGCUUUUGCCCAGCUCUUUCUACAUCAAGCCCGGCGCGGCGUGCUGCGGCUGCCAGCCUCUGGCCCUAAUCGUUUCCAGUGGGAAUUUGGCUGA